AAUUUUCUUUUCAUUUUCCCCCUUCUCUUUCACUCUCUUCUCUCUCUCUCCUCUCUCUACCAUCCCACCACCCGACUGCCCCACCCUCUCCUUAGACGGUCAACGCCACCAGACGCCGCCGCUGUUUCCGACCAGCAAUCGUCGCCACCAGACGCCGCCAGCUCAGGAUGAAAACUGUUAAACAAAGGCCCUCACCUCGAUCAAGUAAGAACAUUUUAAGCUUUUGUGUUCUGUUUAUCCUCAUUCGGUCUAGAGAAUUUUUUUUUUUUAGUAUGAGGCUGACUAAAGCAGAGAAGCGUGCAAAAUUGAAGAAAAUGAGGAAAGAGGCUAAGAAACAGGCAAACGAGGUGGCAGAAAACUCAAGGAUGUUCAGCGAAUACCUCAAGCUGAAGUCUUGUGCAGGGCAAGUGGACAAGUUCUUCUAAUUGGAAUACAUUACUGGAUCCCUUGAAUGGGCAACCAUUCAUUAAGUUGCAGAAGUAAACGAAUCAGAAUUGCAGCCAUUUGUGGAGAGCUUGUCCAAGUGCCCAAAACAUGGUCUACAUAAUCCAUUCAAAGCACCAGAAAGGUACCUAAUGUUAGGAGACGUAUCUACAAAAGCAGCUCAUGCGCUUGGCUUGCCUGAGGUUUCUGACUUCUUUGCUAAGCUAAUACAACGGGUGUCUCCUAAGAGUUUCCAACAAGCUCUUGGUGAGGUUUCCGUGACGCAGAAAUUUCUGGAAAAUUUCUGUGGUGAUCAGGUUCGCUUUCUAGCUAGGUCUUUUGCAGUACCAGGAAAUCAUCUGGGGCAGCAGAGCCAUGGUUUUCGCUGGCCUUUUGGACCUGUGGCAGUUAUUACUCCCUUUAAUUUUCCUUUGGAGAUUCCUUUGCUUCAGCUGAUGGGAGCGUUGUACAUGGAUUCUAAUUCGGCUAUGUUUAAAUGGAUACGAAUAUUAUGUUUAAGAGUUUGAAUGUAGUUUUAAUUUGAAUUAGAAGUAUUUUUAAUUUUAAGUGUUUGAACGCAGUUUAUAAUGUUUAAGUGUUUGAAUGGACAAUGUUUAAGUGUUCAGGUAUUUGAACAUUGUUUAUGGUUGUUGUGUUG